UCCGUUCGCAAGGCCUAUCACGGCUAGUUCACAUCACUGUAGCUGCUCUCGGGGUUCACUUAAAUCGAAUGCUACAGCUUAUUAUUCGAUCCAGUCUUUCUCAGAGGUUCCCACCGCUUCUCUCACCUUAUCUGCCGUGCUUCCCCUAGAUCUGGACGACAUUACGAAGAGGCCCAGUCUUCCCGAAUCUGUAUCCACACAACUAACCCCCGCGCACUAAACUCAAUCUCGGCUUUCCUCUUUGAGUUUACUUCGGGUCUCUCAUAGGUUGACAUUGCUGUGGGCAGCCGCGAUUUUCAUUUCAACGGCCUGAAAAACCAAUCGAGGAUUUGGACGGGAGAUUUCUCCGAGCCCGAGCGGAAACUGACUUCCAGACCUCUCGACCCGAGGGAGGAGCCGUGUCUGGAAUCUAGCCUGGACACAUUAAGACCUAUACCUGCGUUUCUGGAAUCCAUAUACUGGUCUAAGCGUCUGGAUCCUCAUUAAUUUUCAGUUUCAUUAUCUCUGAAGUGUGCAUCCUGACUUAGACCUGAAUCUCACAUCUAUAAAUCGCCCAGAAUUCAUGUCAGCCAAACAUUUCGCGGGGCGUCUCCCGUCUUCUUGGAAACGAGCACUUCACACUCUUCGCCCGUUGGAGAAACCCAUAAGUAAAAAUGGGCCCGGUGCCGAACGAGCGUGGUCUAAACCGGCACAUCAACACCCGAGUUGGACCGGGCGCUCCGUGUUCGCCUUGACAGCCACUGCUAGCCUAUUAAGUUUCGGCCUGGCUGCCGCCACACUCCAAGGACCUCCCAAGCGUGCGGUCACCCUUUUGGAUAGCAAGACACCAACUCCUCAGUACGCAUCAGUGGAGGAGAUGGAAGACGCUUUAGCAGAAAUUCGUCGUGAGCUGAUUAAGAGUGGCGAAAGAGAAGAUAUCAUUAGCACAGAUCCGGAUGAUCUUCUCGCCCACGGGUAUUCCGAAUGGUCGACGACAAAUCCAGAUGGUUUGCCAGUGGCUGUCGUGUACCCACGCUCAACAGAACAGGUAUCGACUAUCGCGCGCGUCUGCUAUAAGUACCGUGUACCUAUCAUACCCUAUUCAGGCGGUUCGAGUUUGGAAGGGAACUUUUCGGCCCCUUACGGCGGCAUCAGCGUGGACUUCGCUUAUAUGGACCAAAUUAUCAAGUUUAACAAAGAUGACAUGGACAUUGUAGUCCAACCAAGCAUCGGGUGGCAGGAUCUGAACGAUCAGCUGGGCAGAAUGGGCAGUGGUCUUUUCUUCCCUAUUGAUCCUGGCCCGAGCGCCAAGAUUGGCGGCAUGAUUGGUACCAAUUGUUCCGGCACAAAUGCAGUUAAAUACGGUACGAUGAAAGAUUGGGUCAUCAACUUGACUGUGGUCCUGGCAGAUGGAACUGUGAUCAAGACGCGAAGACGUCCAAGGAAGAGUUCGGCAGGCUACAACCUCAAUAGCUUAUUUGUUGGCUCCGAGGGGACUUUGGGCCUUGUUACGGAAGCAACCCUAAAGCUUGCCGUCGUUCCCGAGGAGUUUUCCGUCGCUGUGGUGACUUUCCCCACAAUCCGCGAUGCUGCCUCCGCAGCCGCGGGGGUCAUGCAGACUGGCAUCCCCAUCGCGGCGAUGGAAAUUAUGGACGAGGUCCAGAUGAAGGUUGUCAACUUGGGUGGGGCGACUGCGCCGCGGCUAUGGAAGGAAAUGCCAACACUGUUCUUCAAAUUCGCGGGGACGAAGGCCAGCGUACAGGAGAACAUCGCCCGCGUUCAAGCCAUCACGAAGAACAAUAAAGGUAGCAACUUCGAAUUCGCCAAGGAUCUUCGUGAGCAAAAGCUUCUGUGGUCAGCUAGGAAAGAGUCGCUGUGGUCGAUGCUGGCCCUGAGAAAGGAGGGCGAGGAAGUUUGGUCCACCGACGUCGCUGUCCCAUUCAGCAGGUUAGCGGACAUCAUAGAAGUCAGUAAGAAGGAGAUGGACGAAUUAGGCCUAUUUGCCAGUAUUCUAGGCCAUAUCGGGGACGGCAACUUUCACGAGAGCAUCAUCUACAACAGGACGAAAAAGGAAGAGCUUGAUAAAGUAGAGAAGUGCGUGAAGAAUAUGGUAAAGCGAGCCCUGGACAUGGAGGGGACAUGCACGGGCGAGCAUUCGGUCGGCUGGGGCAAAAAGGACUCGCUCCUACUGGAGGUUGGCCCAGAUACCCUGGGCGUCAUGAAGCAAAUCAAGGCCGCCCUCGAUCCCCUUUGGAUUAUGAAUCCAGGGAAGAUUAUGGAUCUUCCUUAAUAUUCUCGUCAUUAUACCAUACUUUCUACUUGGAAGAGCCCAGGUACUUGCACUUUUCUCUUAGCUUUGGGUUAACUCGGUAUUUGGUCCGUAAGCUCAAGACAACGAAGACCUAGAAUCGACUUG